ACGCAGGGGAGCCGAGCGGCGAGCGACGGCGGUGGUGGCAGCGGCGGCCGUGGCAGUUCGCGGCGAGGGCGACGGGCUCCGAGGCCGAGCGGCUGGCUGUCCAGGUGGAUCUCGGCGCCUCUCCUCCCCAUGCGCCCGUUGUGAUCUGCCUUUGCACUUUGUCCACAUUUGAAGAUGGUGAAAUUAGAUAUCCAUACGCUGGCCCAUCACCUCAAACAGGAGCGAUUGUAUGUCAACUCUGAGAAGCAGCUCAUUCAGAGGCUGAAUGCAGAUGUACUUAAGACCGCUGAAAAGUUGUAUCGUACAGCAUGGAUUGCAAAGCAACAGAGAAUUAAUUUGGAUCGGCUUAUUAUAACCAGCGCGGAAGCUUCCCCAGCUGAAUGUUGCCAACAUGCCAAGAUUUUGGAAGAUACACAGUUUGUUGAUGGAUAUAAACAAUUGGGAUUUCAGGAGACAGCUUAUGGAGAAUUCUUAAGUCGAUUAAGGGAAAAUCCUCGUCUUAUUGCGUCCUCCUUGGUUGCUGGAGAGAAACUUAAUCAGGAGAACACACAAAGUGUUAUUUACACAGUUUUUACCUCCUUGUAUGGCAACUGUAUAAUGCAAGAAGAUGAAAGCUACCUCCUUCAGGUUUUGCGAUACUUGAUUGAAUUUGAACUUAAAGAAAGUGACAACCCCAGGCGACUUUUGAGGAGAGGAACUUGUGCCUUCAGUAUCUUAUUUAAACUGUUUUCUGAAGGACUCUUUUCUGCCAAACUUUUCCUCACAGCUACUUUACAUGAGCCAAUCAUGCAGCUGCUUGUUGAAGAUGAGGAUCACCUGGAAACAGAUCCAAAUAAGCUAAUUGAGAGAUUCUCCCCUGCUCAACAGGAAAAACUCUUUGGAGAGAAAGGCUCAGAUAGAUUCAGGCAAAAGGUUCAAGAGAUGGUGGAUUCCAAUGAAGCCAAACUGGUGGCUUUGGUGAACAAAUUUAUUGGUUAUCUCAAACAGAACACAUACUGCUUUCCACAUAGUCUGAGGUGGAUUGUGUCGCAGAUGUACAAAACUCUUUCCUGUGUAGAUAGACUGGAAGUUGGGGAGGUCAGAGCAAUGUGUACCGAUCUCCUGUUGGCUUGCUUCAUUUGUCCUGCAGUUGUCAAUCCAGAGCAAUAUGGGAUAAUUUCUGAUGCUCCUAUUAAUGAAGUGGCGCGAUUUAACCUGAUGCAGGUUGGUCGUCUUUUGCAACAACUAGCAAUGACUGGCUCUGAAGAGGGAGAUCCUCGGACAAAAAGCAGCCUUGGAAAAUUUGACAAAAGUUGUGUGGCUGCUUUUCUUGAUGUCGUGAUUGGGGGCCGUGCAGUGGAGACUCCUCCCAUGUCCUCUGUUAAUCUUCUGGAAGGGUUGAGCAGAACCGUGGUUUAUAUAACAUACAGUCAGCUAAUUACUUUGGUGAAUUUUAUGAAGAGUGUGAUGUCUGGAGAUCAAUUGAGAGAAGACAGAAUGGCUCUUGACAAUUUGUUGGCAAACCUACCACAGGCAAAACCGGGAAAGAGCAGCAGUUUAGAAAUGACUCCCUACAGUACUCCUCAGAUGUCUCCAGCAACCACUCCAGCAAACAAAAAGAACCGAUUACCGAUAGGACAACAGUUAGCAGCCAUCACUGCCUGGGAUUCCUCAGCCACCAACCUUUCUUCGCACAUUACAUUAGUCACCCCAUUUGCAACUCGGAGCAGAAGUCGCACUAAUAUGUUAGUGGAUCUACAUAUGGACCACGAAGGAUCAUCUCAAGAAACUAUCCAGGAAGUACAGCCAGAAGAGGUGUUGGUCAUUUCCUUAGGGACAGGUCCCCAGCUUACUCCAGGGAUGAUGUCAGAAAAUGAGGUCCUAAACAUGCAGCUUUCGGAUGGAGGGCAAGGAGAUGUCCCUGUUGAUGAAAACAAACUCCACGGUAAACCUGAUAAAACGUUGCGCUUUUCCCUCUGCAGUGAUAAUCUGGAAGGCAUAUCUGAAGGUCCUUCAAAUCGCUCCAAUUCAGUGUCCUCUCUAGACCUGGAAGGAGAGUCUGUGUCAGAACUUGGAGCAGGACCUUCUGGGAGUAAUGGAGUUGAAGCUCUACAGCUGUUAGAACACGAGCAAGCAACCACACAAGAUAAUCUUGAUGAUAAGCUAAGGAAGUUUGAGAUUCGUGACAUGAUGGGCCUAACAGAUGAUAGAGACAUAUCAGAAACAGUGAGUGAGACCUGGAGCACAGAUGUCCUGGGAAGUGACUUUGACCCUAAUAUCGAGGAAGAUCGCUUACAAGAAAUUGCAGGUGCAGCAGCAGAAAACAUGUUGGGCAGUUUACUGUGCCUCCCAGGUUCAGGGUCAGUGCUUCUUGACCCCUGCACAGGUUCUACCAUAUCAGAAACAACAAGCGAAGCUUGGAGUGUAGAGGUAUUACCAAGUGACUCAGAGGCCCCAGACUUAAAGCAAGAGGAGCGCCUACAAGAGCUGGAGAGUUGUUCUGGACUGGGCAGCACCUCUGAUGAUACGGAUGUCAGGGAGGUCAGUUCCCGCCCCAGCACACCAGGCCUCAGUGUUGUGUCCGGAAUAAGUGCAACCUCUGAGGAUAUUCCCAAUAAGAUUGAAGACCUGAGAUCUGAAUGCAGCUCUGAUUUUGGGGGUAAAGAUUCUGUCACUAGUCCAGACAUGGAUGAAAUAACUCAUGGUGCCCACCAGCUGACCUCUCCCCCCUCUCAGUCAGAGUCUCUGCUCGCCAUGUUCGAUCCACUCGCUUCUCAUGAAGGGGCUUCUGCUGUGGUAAGACCAAAAGUUCACUACGCCAGGCCGUCACAUCCACCACCAGAUCCCCCAAUCCUGGAAGGAGCAGUGGGAGGAAAUGAGGCCAGGCUGCCUAAUUUUGGUUCUCACAUUUUAACUCCUGCUGAAAUGGAGGCAUUCAGGCAAAGGCACUCUUACCCUGAGAGACUAGUUCGAAGCAGGAGCUCUGACAUAGUUUCUUCUGUCCGACGGCCCAUGAGUGAUCCCAGCUGGAACCGACGUCCAGGAAAUGAAGAGCGAGAGCUUCCUCCAGCCGCAGCCAUUGGUGCUACUUCUUUGGUGGCUGCAUGUCACUCAUCAUCCUCAUCCCCGAGUAAGGACUCCUCCAGAGGAGAGACUGAAGAACGCAAAGAUAGCGAUGAUGAGAAAUCAGACAGGAACAGACCUUGGUGGAGAAAACGUUUUGUUUCAGCCAUGCCUAAAGCUCCUAUACCAUUUAGAAAGAAAGAAAAACAAGAAAAAGACAAAGAUGAUCUGGGGCCUGACAGAUUCUCAACACUCACAGAUGAUCCCAGCCCUAGGCUCAGUGCACAAGCUCAGGUUGCUGAAGACAUUCUGGACAAGUACCGGAAUGCCAUUAAACGGAGCAGCCCCAGUGAAGGAGCAAUGGCAAACUAUGAAAGUACAGAGGUCUUGGCUGAUGGUGAAAGUGCGCAUGAUUCUCCUCGUGAUGAAACUCUACAGAACAUCUCAGCUGAUGAUCUCCCCGACUCUGCCAGCCAAGCAGCCCAGCCUCAGGACUCAGCUUUCUCCUACAGAGAUGCGAAAAAGAAACUGAGGCUUGCUCUUUGCUCUGCGGACUCUGUCGCCUUCCCAGUGCUAACCCAUUCAACACGGAAUGGAUUGCCAGACCAUACAGACCCAGAAGACAAUGAAAUUGUAUGCUUCUUAAAAGUUCAAAUAGCUGAAGCAAUCAAUUUACAAGACAAGAACUUAAUGGCUCAACUUCAGGAAACAAUGCGUUGUGUGUGCCGCUUUGAUAACAGGACCUGCAGGAAGCUGCUGGCAUCCAUCGCCGAGGACUAUAGGAAAAGAGCCCCAUAUAUCGCCUAUCUCACACGCUGUCGACAAGGACUGCAGACGACACAGGCUCACCUGGAAAGGCUCUUGCAAAGGGUUUUGCGGGACAAAGAGGUGGCUAAUCGAUAUUUUACCACUGUCUGUGUGAGAUUACUGCUUGAGAGCAAAGAAAAGAAGAUCAGAGAAUUCAUUCAAGACUUUCAGAAACUCACAGCAGCUGAUGAUAAAACUGCUCAAGUAGAAGAUUUUCUGCAGUUCCUUUAUGGUGCAAUGGCCCAAGAUGUCAUCUGGCAAAAUGCCAGUGAAGAACAGCUGCAGGAUGCCCAGUUGGCUAUCGAACGAAGUGUGAUGAACCGCAUUUUCAAGCUAGCUUUCUACCCUAAUCAGGAUGGGGACAUACUUCGUGACCAGGUUCUUCAUGAACAUAUCCAGAGAUUAUCCAAAGUAGUGACUGCAAACCACAGAGCUCUUCAGAUACCAGAGGUUUAUCUUCGGGAGGCACCAUGGCCAUCCGCACAGUCCGAAAUCAGGACAAUAAGUGCAUACAAAACCCCCCGGGACAAAGUGCAGUGCAUCCUGAGAAUGUGCUCCACCAUCAUGAACCUCCUGAGCCUGGCCAACGAGGACUCCGUGCCCGGGGCAGAUGACUUCGUCCCCGUGCUGGUGUUUGUUCUAAUAAAGGCAAACCCGCCCUGUCUGCUGUCCACCGUGCAGUACAUCAGUAGCUUCUAUGCCAGCUGUCUGUCUGGGGAGGAGUCCUACUGGUGGAUGCAGUUCACAGCAGCCGUGGAGUUCAUUAAAACCAUCGAUGACCGGAAGUGACCGAGACCUGCGCCCACCACCGCAGCCCACUGCAAGUCGGGCAGACAAAUCCUUGAGAACACAUAGCCGCUGCCUUCAAGGCUGAAGAUUGUUUUUGUAUGAUAUUGUACAGCAUUCAGACAUUUUAAAACAGAUCUUUACUAAACAGAUUAAUGUGCUAACAAGCAGGUUCUUUUUUCUUUGGGCUCUUUUCCUUUCUGAUAAUGCAUAUUUUAUUUUCUUGUCCCAAGUAGAGAAUAUUACUGCAAAAAAGAGGGACCAUGUUUUUCAGGUAUUUUGAAACAUUGAAGAACAGACCAGACUCUCUUAGGAAAUUUCUAGAUCUCCAUUAUGGAUAUCCCAUUCUUUUAUUUUCAAAAAGAACAGUACACCUCUUUUAAGAUGCAUCAAAUGGAAGGAAGAUACCAGCUCACUGAGGAUUAGAACAGUGGUGCAUUUGUGGCAUUAUCUAUAAAUACACUCACCUGAGUUGAGAAGCUAAGAAGGAAAUGUAAAUAUAAUAUAUAUUUAUAUUUGAUGUAAUAUGGACAUCUUCAGAUUCUAAUAAACAAGGAAUAUUGCUGAUAGUAGGUUGUGACAUACCCUCUUGUGAAAUGGUUUCCUUGACAAAAUUUAAGCUGAGCUUAAAAGCAAAACACACAGAAGUAUUUAUGGAAGUGUGAGUCAGUUUGUUGAAGUCUGUAGUCCUGGUGUCCACCGAGGAGUGUGGCGCAAAGGCCGGUCCCGCCACGGGCGUGUGGAAUCCUGCAUAGGAGCAGACUUCAGCUCCCACACCCUCCAUAGGAAAGGGCAGUCGCAUCUGCCUGCGUUGUGGUACCUCUCCUCUGGAUGCUAAGUGUGCCCUAGAAACCCUAGACAGAGCUCCUUACAAACCUUUAACUCUUAGAUACUUUUAAUGAUUAUUCACAUUGAAUGCACACAUCAGGAAUUCAGUGAAUGUCAUUUUUUAAAAACAAAACAACUAAUUUGUAUUGUCUGCUCUAGUGUUUCAAGUUUUACUAGUGAUAAACUAUUUUAAUCAACCAUACUGUUCUUAUGGAAAGAAAUCUAUUUUGGUGGUUUCUGUGCCUUUAUUUCCCUCUUCUGAGAAAACAAAGUAUGUGUUUCACUAUUGGUUUGCAUUGUACACCAGUAUUUAAUCAGGACUGGCCUUUGGUGCUGAGCAGCUGGCCAAGGAAGCACACCAGAGCUCCAAGCACACCCCGGGUACAUAGGCCAUCGCCGACCACUUCCCAACUCAGCUUCUUUUAUGACAAAUGCUGCAGCCCCAUAAUUGAGUCCCUUGUUGGCAGCAUUUCCAGGCAUCUGUGAAGGGACCUGUGACCACCAGCUUUGAGUAGAUGGAUAUAGAGCCUCUCUGCUCACCUCUCUGAGAUCUCUGUUUCAUAAUGCCAAAAGAAGCUGGGCAUUCUUUACGCCUCCACCUCUUCUAACUCAUUUGUUUUACAAUACCAAAAUGGUCAUUUUUAUAGGAGUGUGGGAUGGGGUUUCUGCCUUCUAGGGAGAGACCAAAGUUAAAUUAGUACUGCAAAAUAUCCUUUGGAAUGUCAGAUCAAGAAAUCCAUAGUCAUGAGCUUCAUGGGCUUCACUGUCACCCUGCCGGGGUGAAAGUUACAUGCCAUGGCAAGUACACACAGACCGUGUGACACGGCUUCUGGAACCUACAUAGGAGUCCAUUUACUUCAGCCUUUGAUUCAAUAAAUGUUAAAUCAACAGAAGUCUUUGAAUACUUGGAAUUCAUUGUUAUGGGAUUUAACUCAUAAAUCAAGGAGAUUUUCCCCCCUUGCAAUGGUAACUUAAUAUAUUCCAUGUUAUCAUUGUAGAAAUAAAUAUGGAGAUGUGGA